GUGAAAGACAUCAGUCAGAGUGCUGUACCACAAUGAUCGGAAGACUGGCUGCUUUGAUUCUUCUUAGUACAGUGUCUCUGAUUCAAACUACAGAGGUUUCUCAGCAGAUCUCUUUGACUGUGGUUGAACCUGGUGACAAUGUUACUUUGAUAUGUCCAGUCGCGGACAUAGGAGGCAAAUUCUUUAAUUUGUAUAAACAGUCUCUUGGACGUACAAUGUAUAAAGUUGCUGCAGGAGUACUUGGUGCAAUUACUGUUAAUGAACAAUUUAAAGACUCACGUUUCACGGUAACAAAAGAUGAGGCUCAGUAUCUUCUUACCAUCAGAAAUGUCAGCAAAGAGGAUGAAGCAACAUAUUUCUGUCAAAAUGGAACAGCAUAUUCACAGACUUUCGGCAGUGGCACGUUCUUGGCUGUGAACGAUCAGAAUCAGCAGAAACACGUCUAUGUGAAACAAAGUCCAGAGACAGCAUCAGUCCAGCUGGGAGACCCAAUGACUCUCCAGUGUUUACUUCUCUCCAAGAACAAAGAAACCAGAGUCCAGUGUCCAGGUGAACACAGUGUGCACUGGUUCAGAGCUGGAUCAGGAGGAUCUCAUCCAGGAAUCAUUUACACUCAGAGGAACAGGAGUGAUGAAGAAGAAGAAAGGAGCUGUGUCUACAGUUUGUCUAAAACUAUACAGGACUCUGAUUCUGGGACUUACUACUGUGCCGUGGUCACAUGUGGAGAGAUCCUGUUUGGUGAAGGAACUAAGGUGGAGACAAAUUCAGGAUCAGAACUGGACCCAGUUGUCCUUGUGCUUGGAGGACUGUUGACCUGCUGUGUGAUUGUGAUUGUCAUCCUUAUUUUCUGUGUAAUUCAGAGAGGAAUUUGUGAUCAUUGCAAAGGAGCAAUGAGUGCUUCCCAUCACUAUGGACAUGAGAGAUCAACUGGAGAUCGAUCAGAUAAUUUGGAAGGUGAAGCAGAGUCAGUGAACUAUGCAGCACUGAAUUUCUCUGCAAGGAACACAAAGAGGGUUAAGAAGACGAGUGGGUCACCACAGGAGUGUUUGUACUCUGCUGUACAACAAAACAGAGCAGAUCACCACAUCCAGCAUCAACCCUCUUCAUAGGUAUAGCAGGGCCUGUGCAUACACUGUGCAAAAACAUCAUCCAUAUUUUUUCAUGUAUUAUGGCUUAAAACAUAUUGUCGUCUGUUGCAUGUGUUUCAUUUAGUUUGUUCAGGCACUGUUGUUUCCUGACAAAAUGCUACUAUAUGUCUGAACAUAGCCUAAAGGCCUGUUCACAACAGGAUUUGAAAUGGAAAAAAUGAACAUCUUCAUUCCCAUGGACUUACAGAUGUAAAGUAAUAGUCUUUUAAAAAACAGGAAUAAUAAACCUUGUGUGCAGUAA